CUGGUUUCAGUCCCCAGCCACAUUUUCCAGUGUUGGCCAGGCUGUUUAUUUUAGGAAACCGAUUUGCACACACCCUUAUAGGCAGAGUCAGGCUCUCCACUGACACUCUUCAAAAGAAGAGAAGGCAAGAUGAAGAGCACUUGGUCGCUGUGUGUUGCCUUGGCUGGCUCCCUGGGGAUCAUCCUUGUGGCAGGUUAUCCAGUGGGUCCCAACGAUGAGGAGUAUGUGCUGGUCAAUAAUAAGUGCCAGUGCGUAACAGUGACCUCAAAGUUUGUCCCCUCCAAAGAAAAUCCUGAGGAAGAAGUCCUGGAAAGGAACAUCCGCAUCAUAGUUCCCCUGAAGGCUCGGGAGAACAUCUCCGACCCCUUGUCCCCACUCAGAACCACUUUUUUCUAUCGCUUGAGUGAACUCUGCAAAAACUGUGAACCCAUAGAAAUUGAUCUGGGUGGGGCCAUCCACCAGGCCCAGCAGGGCAACUCCUGCGAGGAGCCUCAGACCUGCUACACCUACGACAGGAACGAGUGCUACAGCUCCCCUGUGCCCCUGCUGUACCACGGGGAGGUGAUGCAGGUGCCAGCAGCUCUGACCCCAGACUCCUGCUUUGCCCAGUAGCUUGGCCCUCUGCUGUGCCAGAGCCUCGGAGCACCCCCGUUCCUAUCCCAAAUGUGUGUAGAACACCACAGCACCUGCAUGGCAGCACCCAAAUGCUGGCUCCUGCAGUAACCCAACUUGUCUCUUCCCAUUUCCAACCUCAGACUCGUGCCAUCUCCCAAGAGCAGCUCCUGGCUUUCAGUGUCCCUUCUCGUGCCCCUGGCACGCACCUGCAAUGCCAUGCUGUGUCUCAGACCAUAUAGAGCAGAUCCCCAGCACAUAUAGGGCAGUCAUUCCCCUGAAGCCAAGGGGACUACACUGAUUUACACCUCUGGGGAAGCUGUCCUUUUCAGUCUCCUGCCUGCCUCCCCCAGACAUCAGCAGGAGUGUCUGUGCCCUUCCUUCCCUGAGCAAUCUCAAGUGACCUCUGCAGAACCUUCACACAAGGCCUUUGAUGACAUUAGCAGCAUUUAUGCCCCUAGAAGAGAGUUAUAAAACCAUAGUUGAGAGAAAAGAUGAGGGACCCUUCUAGCAGUUGGACGUCUGCAAGCUUCGAGUUCUUUUUAAUUCAGAGAAGAUCAAAAGAUGUCGCUACCCUGAAGUAUUUUGCAAAGUUGCCAAGCCCUCAACUGUGCCAGGAAUACUCAACUCUUCUGGGAGAUGUUGGGCAUUUCACUUUCCCCACUGCUUUACUGAUACUGCUGCCUUCUUCCACCCCUGCUCCUGGUUCAAGUGGUGAAAAGAAAAAAAAAAAUCAAGUAGGCUCAAAUUUCUUCACUUGUUCCUCGUCUUGCAUUUAAAACCUCAAAAAAUUCUGUGAAUGCCACAUAAAUUGCUAGAGCAGAACCCUCAUUCAGGGUUCCAAAUUGGAGUGAUGAAACAGCAAAAAGCUUAUUCCCACAAUGUAGUUUUGUUAGUCAAACAUUCAAUAAACUUUUUUCUGCAAUCAA